CAUGGCGGCGAACCUGGACUAUUACUUGGCUCUGUGUGCGCGGCCUGUGCAGUUUGAGAAGGCGAGUCCCGUCAAUUGCGUCUUUUUCGACGAGGCGAAUAAGCAGGUUUUUGCUGUUCGAUCUGGUGGAGCUACUGGGGUGGUGGUUAAAGGUCUGGAAGAGCGCAAUCCUAUCUCAUUCAGAAUGGAAGACAAAGGGGAGUGAAGUGCAUCAAGUUUUCUUUGGGGAACAAGAUAUUGGCUGUCCAAAGAACACAAAAAAGUGUGGAUUUCUGAAUUUUAUUCCAGACAGUCCUCAAUUAGAGUAUACUCAAGAAUGCAAGACCAAGAAUGCCAACAUUUUAGGAUUCUGUUGGACAAGCUCUGCAGAAAUUGUCUUCAUUACAGAUCAAGGAAUUGAAUUUUAUCAGGUAUUACCAGAGAAGCGAACUUUAAAACUUGUGAAGAGUCAGAAUAUCAAUGUGAACUGGUAUAUGUACUGCCCUGAGAGUUCAGUUAUUCUGCUAUCUACCACAGUUCUUGGAAAUGUUCUACAGCCAUUCCAUUUCAAGGGUGGAACUAUGUCAAAGCUCUCCAAGUUUGAAAUUGAAUUGCCAGCAGCCCCGAAGGCAUCCAAACUCACCCUUUCAGAAAGGGAUAUUGCUAUGGCUACAAUCUAUGGGCAGCUUUAUGUUCUCUAUUUGAGACAUCAUUCAAGAACAUCUAAUAGUACAGGAGCCGAGGUGGUGCUUUAUCAUUUGCCAAGGGAAGGCUCAUGUAAGAAGUUGCAUAUACUGAAGCUAUACAGGACGGGCAAGUUUGCACUUAAUGUUGUGGAUAAUUUGGUGGUAGUUCAUCAUCAAGAUACUGAGACUUCUCUCAUAUUUGAUAUCAAGAUAAAAGGAGAAUUUGAUGGCACAGUCACCCUUCAUCAGCUUGUACUUCCAGCUCGAUCCAUACAACCAUACCAAAUUCCUGUGGCAGGCCCUGCUGCUGUAACCAGCCAGUUUCCAGUUCCCUGUAAACUCUAUUCCUCAUCUUGGAUUGUUUUUCAGCCUGACAUUAUAAUCAGUGCAAUUGAAGGUUAUCUUUGGAACCUGCAGGUGAAACUUGAACCCAUUGUAAAUCUGUUACCAGACAAAGGGAAGCUGAUGGAUUUUCUUCUUCAAAGAAAAGACUGUAAAAUGGUCAUUCUUUCAGUGUGUUCUCAAAUGCUGAGUGAACCAGACAGAGGAUCGCUUGGCGUGAUUGCUACUGUGUUUGACAAACUCAACAAUGAAUAUAAGAAAUACCUGGAAGCAGAGCAGAGUUAUAAUAUGGCAUUAGAAAUUGGACAAAGCAGAAGUAAUCCACCACCCAAACGACCCAUCCGUACCCAGGCAGUUAUUGAUCAGUCAGACAUAUAUACACAUGUCUUGUCUGUCUUUACUGAAAAAAAGGAAGCACCUCACAAGUUCACUAUAGCUGUCCUAAUGGAAUAUAUUCGAUCACUGAAUCAAUUCCAAAUAACUGUUCAGCAUUAUCUGUAUGAGCUGGUUAUUACAACCCUUGUUCAGCACAACCUAUUCUAUAUGCUUCACCAGUUUUUGCAGUACCAUGUGCUCAGUGAUUCAAAGCCUCUGGCCUGUUUGUUGCUGUCUCUGGAGAGCAUUUAUCCUCCUGCACAUCAGCUCUCCCUGGAUAUGUUAAAGAGACUUUCUACAGCAAAUGAUGAAAUAGUGGAAGUUUUGUUGUCCAAGCAUCAGGUAUUGGCUGCCUUGAGAUUCAUCAGGGGCAUUGGAGGACAUGAUAGCAUUUCUGCCCGCAAGUUCCUUGAUGCAGCAAAGCAGACUGAAGAUGAGAUGCUCUUUUAUACCAUAUUUAGGUUCUUUGAGCAAAGAAAUCAACGAUUACGUGGAAAUCCUAGCUUCAAUCCAGGAGAACACUGUGAAGAGCAUGUCAUGUAUUUUAAGCAAGUUUUUGGAGAUCAAGCUCUAAUGAAGCCUACCACUUCCUGAAGCACUCAAGCUGUUUCAAUACACACUGUAUAAACUUAAUUUAUUUCAUUUAUGUACCUACAAAAAUCCCUCUUUUAUAAUAAAGUAUAUAUACAGACCCUUUGGCAAAUAUUAAAAAUUA